CGUCAUAGGCCAGUUGUAUCCAAGCACCCAUGAGGUCCCAUUUCUCCGGGUCGGUCACAAAUACCUUAGCAAUACCUUUCGGUGUCACGUGAAUUUCCUAAUCAGCCAACCAGCAUUGAGGGGUCUAAGUUCACUGUACGAGUGAGCAAAGCAUUCGAACCAGCAUGUGUGAUCUCUGUGUUUCAUGACAAGUCAACCUGGCCAAGUAUGUACCGGAAUGUACCGGAAUGUACCUCAGUGGGCCAGGGCUAGACAGAUUCCAAGAUCUUAAAUUGUGAUCACAGGAAUUUUUAUUGACGAGAGGGAUGGGAUCCGUUUGGCAAAACAUGACAGGAUACUACCAGGACAGUCUGGACAGGGGAGAUCCUCGUGUGUCCGGCUGGCUGUUGAUGGACUCCCCUGUCCCGAGUGUUGUGAUCUUCUUGCUGUACCUGUUGGUGGUAUGGCUGGGCCCACGCAUCAUGGCUGGCCGGAAGCCUGUCAACUUGAAGCUCGUUCUCAUCCCCUACAACUUUGGUCUCGUGGCUCUGUCCUGCUACAUGUUCUGUGAGUUUGUGGUCACAUCUACUCUUUCCCACUACAGCUUCCUGUGUCAACCAGUCGACUAUUCCGACAGCCCUUUAGCACUACGGAUGGCACAAGUCUGCUGGUGGUUCUUUUUCUCCAAAAUCAUCGAACUUCUAGACACGGUGUUCUUCAUAUUACGUAAGAAGAAUGAUCAGGUGACCUUCCUCCACGUCUACCAUCACUGCACCAUGAUCGCCAACUGGUGGCUCGGGGUCAAGUACGUCGCCGGCGGCCAGUCCUUCUUCGUGGCGAUGCUCAACUCGGGUGUGCAUAUAGCCAUGUACCUGUACUACGCGCUGUCCUGCCUGGGCCCGCACAUGCAGAAGUACCUGUGGUGGAAGAAGUACCUCACUCGCCUUCAGCUGACCCAGUUCCUGGCGUUUGUGGUGCACACUGGCUACAACCUGAUGACAGACUGCGACUUCCCCCGCGGCUUCAACAUCGCUGUCUUCCUGUACGCCCUCUCCCUCAUCCUCCUGUUCGGCAACUUCUACUACCGUGCAUACACAUUACGACAACGGGAAGCCAAGAAGAAGCAGUGAUGACUGUUUGACUCAGGGUUUUAACAUUUCACGCAUGACAUGACUAUUUUACGUUCUCAGGUAUAUGUGUACAAGAGACAUAAUUCUUUUAAAAGACAUUCCUUCGUGUUUUAAUAUGUAAACUAGGAAGAACAAAAGAGAGACUUCGAGAUAAGUGAGUGAGAGAGUGAGUAUGGCUUUAUGCCGCUUUUAGCAAUAUUCCAGCAAUUCCUCGGCGAGGGACAGCAGAAAUGGGCUUCUUGGAGAUAAGUAAAGACUUAGAUUCGUAAAGACGGAGAUGAAGAGAUUCAUGUGAGCAUAUGGCCAACAUAUGACCUCACACAGAUCAAGGGGAAUGGUGGAGAUCACUAAAGCCUGAGAUUCAGAGAUUGAGCAUAAGGGUUAUGUUUGAAUGAACAGAAUGUAUGAUAAGUAAAGAUUUAAAUAAGUAAAGCUUGAGAUAAGUGAAGCUUAAAAAAAGUAUCGAAUGAGAUAAGGAUCGAUUAAACAAAAGUAAAGAUUAGAAAUAAGUAAAGCAUGAGAUAAGUGAAGAUUAUAUCCUAAGUAAAGAUUGAGAUAAGGAAAGAUUAAACAUAAGUAAAGAUUAGAAAGAAGUAAAGCAUGAGAUAAGUGAAGCUAUUAUAAGCUUCACUUAUCUCAGUAAAAAUUAAAAUAAGCAAAGCUUGAGAUAAGUAUAGAAUAGAAUAAUCAAAGUUUGAGAUAAAGGAAUUACAAUGAGCAUAGAACUUAUGUUUUUGAUGACCAGAAUUAAAAUUAAAGGGAUUUAUUUGAGCAUGGGGAUUAUUUUGAAAUAAGCAAUGAUGGAGAUAAAGAAUUUAUUUUGAGAAUAACAUUUAGAUAAAUAAGCUUUGAGAUAAAGUGUUUUAUAUAUAAUUUGAGAUAUCCGUCAAGUUUGAGAACAAGGGAUUGCAUUGUACGUAUGCCUGACUUUGAAAUGGCCAAGCAUGGGCAGGAGAUUAUUAUGAAUAUGCAGAACUGGUGGGUGACUGUACUACUCAAAAACAAAAAAAGUCAUGGCAUGCAGUGUUCCCGUUUACUGGUAAUUACCAGUUUUUUACUGGUAAAAUCAGGCUUGGACCAGUAAUUCAUGUGACUGCCAGUCCCUGUGGACCGGCAAAUAAAGUACUUAUAAAUCUUUGUUGUUGAACAAAACAUCGGUGAUAUUCAUAUAAGUACAUUUUUCAAACAAAGUCAGCUUUUCUGUUAUAAGGGUUUAACCUUGUCUAUUUCUAGGUUAAAUAUCCAGUUGCAGCGACUUUGUCUGGAAAUAUUAAAAAAUAAAGAGAAAAUUGUGACUGAAGUUUGUGUGAAUGACUUCAGAGAUGACAUCUUUGCACUGAACAUGAAGUUGAAAGAAGUAAAACCAAAUAAUUUUCAUACGUUUUUAUAUUUGUUGAAAGUUGGGACUGGCUAAAAUUAGGGGGUGGGGGGACUGGUAAUUUUUAGAGUUGCCAGUCCACAAGGACACUGGGGAACACUGGGCAUGACAGAUUAACUAUAGUAAUAUGAAAGAAUCGGAUGAUCCCUUAGUUGUUUUUAGUAGUAUAUUUGCAACAAAAUAAAUUUGUCCCCUAGCUGUUAUAUGUUUUAAUUUGACUGUACUGAACAUGCUGAAUGAGUGUUGUGUAGCCGUGCUUGUUGUCUGGUUGUGAGGAUCAAUUGAUGCUGGAAUAAAGGACAGGAAGUUGUUGUGAUCGUCUUGACUGAAAUCUACCUCUUGUUGCAUUCAAAUAAACACUUUUUCGUGUUACGUGUUA